AGUGCACCAACGGGCACCUGAUGUGCGCGGGGUGCUUCAUCCACCUGCUGGCGGACUCGCGGCUCAAGGAGGAGCAGGCCACGUGCCACUGCCGCUGCGAGAUCUCCAAGAGCCUCUGCUGCCGCAACCUGGCCGUGGAGAAGGCGGUCAGCGAGCUGCCGGCCGAGUGCGGCUUCUGCGCCCGCCAGUUCCCCCGCUCGCUGCUCGAGCGCCACCAGAAGGAGGAGUGCCAGGACAGGGUGACGCAGUGCAAGUACAAGCGCAUCGGGUGCCCGUGGCAGGGCCCCUUCCACGAGCUCUCGGUGCACGAGGCCGAGUGCUCGCACCCCACCAAGACGGGCAACGAGCUCAUGGACAUCCUGGACGAGAUGGACCAGACGCGCAAGAAGGAGAUGCAGCUCUACAACAGCAUCUUCAGCCUGCUCAGCUUCGAGAAGAUCGGGUACACCGAGGUGCAGUUCCGCCCGUACCGCACCGACGACUUCAUCACGCGCCUGUACUACGAGACGCCGCGCCUCACCGUGCUCAACCAGACGUGGGUGCUGAAGGCGCGCGUCAACGACUCCGAGCGCAACCCCAACCUGUCCUGCAAGCGCACGCUGAGCUUCCAGCUGAUCCUCAAGAGCAAGGUCAACUCGCCCAUGGAAUGCUCCUUCCUGCUCCUCGAGGGGCCCUACGACGACGUCAAGAUCAACCCGGUCAUCUACCACUUCGUCUUCAGCAACGAGAGCAACGAGACCGACUACAUGGCGCUGCCCAUCGUCGACUCGGUGGAGUGCAACAAACUGCUGGCGGCCAAGAACAUCAACCUGCGGCUUUUUAUAUUCCAGAUCCAAAAAUAAAACAUGACUUUUGCGGGGUUUUUUUUGUUUGGGGGCGGGCGGGCGGGUGGGGAGAGGAGGAGGAGUUUUAGCGGCGGCGUUGUUGGCGUUGUUGGCGUUGUUGGCGGGGACGCUGGACGUGGUGGCAGGUGGUGGAAGCAUUAAAAACGGAGUUGAAGUGGUGAAAAUGGGUUGGAAGAGACGAAAAAUGGGGUGGAAACACCAAAAAAUGGGGUGGAAGUGACAAGAAAUGGGUUGGAAGCGACAAAAAAAUGGGUUGGAAGAGACAAAAAAUGGAUUGGACGUGACAAGAAAUGGGUUGGAAGCGACAAGAAAUGGGUUGGAAGUGACAAAAGUUGGUGGUGAGAGAUCGGAAUUGGCUUGGAACCAUCAAAAAAUGUGUUGGAAGUGAUAAAAUUGGUUGGGAGAGAGAAAAAAUGGGUUGGAAGAGUCGAACGUUGGUGGUGAGCAAAUGGAAUUGGCUUGGAACCAUCAAAAAUGGGUUGGAAGAGACAAAAGAUGGGGUGGAAGCACCAAAAAAUGGGUUGGAAGAGACAAAAAAUGGGUUGGAACCAACAAGAAAUGGGUUGGAAGAGACAAAAAAUGGAUUGGAUGCGACAAGAAAUGGGUUGGAAGCACCAAAAAAAUGGGUUGAAAGUGACAAAAAUGGGUUGGAAGAGACAAAAAAUGGGUUGGAAGAGACAAAAAUGUGUUGGAAGGGGCAAAAGUUGGUGGUGAGUGAAUGAAAUUGGCUUGGAACCAUCAAAAAAUGGUUGAAAGUGACAAAAAUAGGUUGGAAGAGACAAAAAUGGGUUGGAAGAGACAAGAAAUGGGUUGGAAGAGUCGAAAGUUGGUGGUGAGAGAACAGAAUUGGCUUGGAACCAUCAAAAAUGGGUUGAAAGUGACAAAAAUGGGUUGGAAGAGACAGAAAAUGGGUUGGAAGAGACAAAAAAUGGGUUGGAAGAGACAAAAAAUGGGUUGGAAGAGACAAAAGUUGGUGAUGAGUGAAUGAAAUUGGCUUGGAACCAUCAAAAAAUGGUUGAAAGUGACAAAAAAUGAGUUGGAAGAGACAAAAAAUGGGUUGGAAGAGACAAAAGUUGGUGGUGAGCAAAUGGACUUGGCUUGGAACCAUCAAAAAUUGGUUGAAAGUGACAAAAAUCGGUUGGAAGAGACAAAAAAUCGGUUGGAAGAGAUGAAAAAUGGGUUGGAAGAGACAAAAAAUGGGUUGGGAGAGUCAAAAGUUGGUGGUGAGAGAACAGAAUUGGCUUGGAACCAUCAAAAAUUGUUUGAAAGUGACGAAAAUGGGUUGGAAGAGACAAAAGUUGGUGGGAAAGUGACAAAAGUUGAUGGUGAGCAAAUGGAAUUGGCUCGGAACCAUCAAAAAUUGUUUGAAAGUGACAAAAAUUCAUGGAAAGCAACAAAAAUUGGUGGUGAGCAAAUGGAAUUGGCUUGGAGCCAUCAAAAAUGGGUUGAAAGUGACAAAAUUGGCUCGAAACCAUCAAAAAUUGGUAAAAAACCAAUCAAAAGGGUUUGAAACCACCAAAAAUGGUUUGAAACUGCCAAAACUUGGUCGAAACUCAACGGAAAAGUUUUGAAGUGAUCCAAAAAUGGGUGAAACCAUCAAAAAUCGGUCAGAACCCAAGAGAAAGGUCUUGAAAUCAUAAAAAAAUGGGUGAAACCACCAGGAAUUGGUCAAAACACUACAGAAAGGGUUUGAAGCCAGCAAAGCUUGGCUUGAAGCCAUCAAAAAUAGGUUGAAAGGGUCAAAAAUUGGUGGUGGACAAAUGGAAUUGGCUUGGAACCAUCAAAAAUGGCUUUGAAGUGGUAAAAAUGGGUUGAAAGUGGAAAAAAAGUGGCUUGAAACCAUCAGAAAUUGGUCUAAACCUAAAAGAAUGGUCUUGAAACCACCAAAAUUGGUUUGAAACCGUCCAAAAUGGGUAAAAAAACAAUUGAAGAGGUUUGAAACCACCAAAAAUGGUGUAAAACAGUCAAAAAAAAUGGAUGAAAUGAUCAGAAAUAGCUUGAAACCACCAAAAUCUGUUUGAAACCACCAAAACUUGGUUGAAAGUCCAAAGAAAAGUCUUGAAAUCAUCAAAAAAUGGAUGAAACCAUCAAGAAUGGGUCAAAACACUGCAGAAAGGUCUUGAAACCAUCAAAAAUUGCCCUAAAACCAGAAAAAUUCUCAUGAAACGCCAAAAUUUCUUCCACACUCAACACAAAGGUCUUGAACCCACCAAAACCAGUUUGAAACCACCAAAAAUUGGUGUUAAGCCAAUGACAAGGUCUUGAAACCAUCAAAAAUUGGUUGAAGCCCACCAAAAAUUGUUUGAAACCACCAAAAUUUGGUCCAAACCCAACAGAACGGUCUUGAAACAUCAAAAAUUGACCUAAACCCACCAAAAUUGGCUUGAAACCACCAAAACUUGGUUGAAACUCAACAGAAAGGUCUUGAAGUCAUCAAAACCAGGUUGAAAGUGGCAAAAAAAAGUCUGAAAGUGACAAAAAUUGGUGAGGAACCGAGGGGAAGGUCUUGAAGUCAUCCAGAAUUUGUUUGAAAAUCAUAAAAAAUUAUUGGAAACCAAUGGAAAGGUCUUGAGUGGGUUGAAAAGUGAAAAAAUUGGCCAAAAAUGGUCCAAAAAAAGUGAAACCACCAAAACUGGUUUGAAACCACCAAAAUUGGUUUGAAAUGACCAAAACUUGGUCAAAACCCGACACAAAGGUCUUGAAAUCAUCAAAAAAAGGUGAAAACAUUGGUUCAAACUAAACAGAAAGUCUGGAACUCAUCAAAACUGGCUUGAGAGCACCAAAAAAUGGAGAAAAAUCCACAGAAAGGUCUGAAAACCAUCAAAAGUUGGUUCGAACCCGACAGAAAGGGCUCGAAACCUUCAAAAAUUGGUCGAAACCCACCAAAAUUGGCUUGAAUUCACCAAAAGUUGGCUUGAAAGGGACAAAAAUUAUGGGAAACCAAUGAGAUUGUCUUGGAAUCAUCAAAAAUGGUUUGAGGAUGGCAGAUAUUGGUGUGAAAGCAUCAAAAGUGGUUGGAGACCAUCAGAAGAUGGCUUGAAAGACGCAAAAAUUGGUGGGAAAGCAGCAAAAAUUGAUGAGGAACCAAGAGAAGAUCUCGAAACCAUGAAAAGUCGUCUUGAAAGUGGCAAAAAUUGGUUGAAAGGGGAAAAAAAAAUUGUCUGAAAAUGACAAAAAUUGGUGAGGAACCAAGAGAGAAGUCUUGAAGUCAUCAAGAAUUGGUUAGGAAGUGGCAAAAAUGGGUUGGAAGUGAAAAAAAUGGACUUGAAGUCAUCAAAAAUGGCUUGAAAGUCAUAAAAUGGUGGGAAAUGAACAGAAAAAUUUGGAAACGAUUGAAGGUCGGUUUAAACCAUCCAAAAGUGGUCAAAACUCAACUGAAAGGUCUUGAAUCCAUCAAAAAUUGUCCUAAAAUCACAAAACUUGGCUUGAAACCCCCAAAAUUUCUUCCAAACCCAAUGGACAGGUCUUGAAACCAUCAAAAAUUGGUGUUACACCAACAAAAAGGUCUUGAAACCAUCAAAAAUUGGUCCAAACCCACCCAAAAUGGUUCAAAACCAUCAAAAUGUGGUCCAACCUCAACAGAAAUUUCAUGAAACCACCAAAAAGUGGCCAAAACCCACCAAAAUUAGCUUGAAACCACCAAAAAUUGGUGUAAACCCAACAGAAAGGUCUUGAAACCAUCAAAGCUUGGUCUAAACCCAACAGAAAAGUCUUAAAAGUGUCAAAAAUUACUUUGAAGCCACCAAAAAUGGCUUGAAAAUGCCAAAAAUUGGUGUAAACCCAGCGGAAAGUCUUGAAACCAUCAAAAAUUGUCCUAAAUGCAUAAAAUUUGCCUGAAACCACCAAAAUUUGGUCCAAACCCAAUAGAAAGGUCUUCAAUCCAUCAAAAAUUGACUUGAAAAUGCCAAAAAUUGGGUUAAACCAAACAGAAAGGUCUUGAAACCCCAAAAAAUUGGUUUUAAACCAUCAAAAAAUGGUCAAAACUCAACAGAAAGGUC